GUUUUUUUUUUAACAAGAAAUACGCUUUUUUAUCCGGGUGCGAACCAUAUUGAUAAAACAAGCGACUUCAUUGAGAUUCCGAAAACUCGGUUUCCCAGAAGGCAACGCGCGUGAGUUUUGAAGGUCACGCAGGCAGCGUGGAUGGAGGCGACGCUUGUGGUUUUUUUUCUGCAAAGACGUGGGGUAGUUUCUAAAACCUAAAUCCGUCGUUUGCACGAAUUUUAUAGUUUUAAUAUUAUAAUUAUUAUUUUAAAUAUAACCUUGAUCCAACAUGGCCGAGCAGGAGGAGUUCACUGACAUCAAUGGAAAUCCGAUUCAGUUCUCCUGCCAGGAUUUUUCUCCUUUCUGCAGAGAGUUCACUGUCAGCUCCUCCAAACUCUCUCUGCUCAGGGUCCUGAUGUUCACCUGCACCGUGUGGCUGCUCGCAUAUACAGGUUUCUAUCUCACCCAGAACACGGCGGUUCUGUCAGCCGCCAUCAUGGUUACAUUAUUGGGAAUGCUGCUGCACAUCCACUUCGUGAAGGUGGACCACGAGACGCUUCUCAUCGUCGGCUCGCUCGGCGUCCAGCUGUCCUCCGCGUACGCCUCGGGCCGCGAGAGCACCACCUUCAUCGAGAUGAGCCGGAUCAAAGACAUCGUCAUCAACGAAGCCAUUCACAUGCAAAGGAUCAUCUACUACCUGUGCAUUCUGCUGAAGGAUCACACGGAGCCGGACGGAGUCAGCAGCGUCGUCCCUCUUUUCCAGAGUUCGAAGCCGAGGCUGAACUGCCUGGUGCAGGUGUACAGGAGCUGUCAGGAGAUCAUCGGGCAGACGCCAUGACGACGCCGACAGCUCAAAAAGAAAAUUCCUGCAAGAGCUGAUUUCCCAAUCCAGCAAAACGUCUCGAGUGUUUCAGCCUGUUUUUCUCUUUUUAUUUCUUUUUAUCUUCUCUGCAGAAAUUCUCAGUGUUUUGAAACACAACAUAUGGAGACUUUAAACAUUUUACUGAGAAUAAAUUAAAUAAACAAUAAA